AUGCCUAAAGGUUUGGGGCCCGCACCUGAGCCACCUAGCGAGAUAGGACGUCUUAGAGUUCUUUCUAAGACUGCAGGUAUUGGAGUAUCACCGUUAGUCUUGGGAGCAACCACAUCGUCGGAUUUUUUGGACUCAAUGAACAAGAAGCGCGCGUUUAAGUUGCUUGAUGCUUUUAACAAAGCAGGCGGAAAUUUCAUUGAUGCUGCAAAUAACUAUGAAAACGAGCAGUGGGAUGAGUGGAUUGGUGAGUGGAUGGAGUCAAGAAAACUGCGUGACAAAAUUGUUAUAUGUACCAAGUAUGCUGGAGAUUACAAGAGGUGUGAAGCAGCUCAGGGUAAAAGCGCCAACUACUGUGGUUAUCACCAACCCAGUUUACGUGUGAGUGUAAGAGAUUCUCUCCACAAAUUGAAAACAGAUUGGAUUGAUAUUCUUUAUGUUCAGUGGUGUGAUUAUAUGGGUUCCAUUGAGGAAGCUAUGGACAGUCUGCACAUCCUUGUGCAGCAGGGUAAAGUUCUCUACUUGGGCGUGUGUGAUGCACCUGCGUGGGUUGUCUCUGCAGCAAAUUACUACGCUAGUUCUCACGGGAAAACUCCGUUCAGUGUCUAUCAAGGCAAGUGGAAUGUGCUAAACAGGGAUUUUGAACGUGAAAUACUACCAAUGGCCAGGCAUUUUGGUAUGGCUCUGGUUCCAUGGGAUGUUAUGUGGGGCGGAAGAUUUCAGAGUAAAAAGACAAUGGAAAAGCGGGAGAGGAGAGGAAAGGACGUGCGUACUUUUGUUGGUAGCCCAAAACAGACAGAUGUUGAGGUUAAAAUCAGUGAGGCAUUGUCAAAGGUAGCUCAGGAACAUGGCACUGAAUUUAUUGCUGCUAUUGCAAUUGCCUAUGUCCGUGCUAAAGCAAAAAAUGUUUUCCCGCUAGUAGGAGGAAGAAAAGUUGAACACUUGAAACAGAACAUUGAGGCUCUGAGUAUCAAGUUGACGCCAGAACAGAUGGAAUAUCUGGAAAGCAUUGUUCCUUUUGACAUUGGAUUUCCCAACACGUUUAUCAAAUUAAAUACAUUACUCAAACAUUACUCGUAUCAUACUUCUGAGUUAAAGUUUCAGUUAUGGAAAACUCAAAAAGAGCGCAAAAUUUCAAAUUCACUAGUGUAA